CAGCUAGAAUAUUUUUAUCUGGAAUGGUUGUUGCUUCUUGAGAUGAUAACCACCACUGAAUGUCUCUGUUUCAUUGUCUAGCGCAGCCCAUACGUGUGGAUAUCCACAAGGCCCCGGCAAAAGCUCUGCAGGUGCAUCUGUCCUUUUUGUUUUUGUUUUUGUUUGGGAGGAAGAGGGAGGGCACAGGAGCUUAUGCCAGCCCGGCUUCACCUUCUUCCAAAUGCAUGUUUAGUGCUUAUUGGGCUUACCAGUGUUCCUGACGCCUUCUCUUAAGAGGAGAGAGCUGCUUAGGCACGGCCAUGAAGGAAAGCAGUGGCGCGGGCCAUGGAGCCGCAGGGCCGUGAGCCGCGGGUGGUGCUGAGGGAGGACCACCGCCGCCGGCGCCGGAGGAUGAAGGCGCGCGGCCCGGCGGCCGGCCUGCCGUCCAUGGAGCUCAUCCCCAUCGAGUUCGUGCUGCCCACCAGCCAGCGCAGCAGCAAGGCCCCCGAGACGGCGCUGCUGCACGUGGCGGGCCACGGCAACGUGGAGCAGAUGAAGGCGCAGGUGUGGCUGCGCGCGCUGGAGACGAGCGCGGCGGCCGACUUCUACCAGCGCCUCGGGCCCGACCACUUCGUGCUGCUCUACCAGAAGAAGGGCCAGUGGUACGAGAUCUACGACCGGUACCAGGUGGUGCAGACGCUCGACUGCCUGCGCUACUGGCAGCUGCUGCACCGGAGCCCCGGCCAGAUCCACGUGGUGCAGCGGCGCGCGCCCUCGGCCGCCACGCUCGCCUUCCAGCGGCAGCUCACGGCGCUCAUCGGCUACGACGUCACCGACCUCAGCAACGUGCACGACAACGAGCUCGAGUUCACGCGCCGCCGCCUGGUCACGCCGCGCAUGCUGGAGGUGGCCGGCCGCGACCCCGAGCUCUACGCCAUGCACCCGUGGGUGACGUCCAAGCCCCUGCCCGACUACCUGCGGAAGAGGAUCCCCAACAACUGCGUCUUCAUCGUCAUCCACCGCGGCACCACCAGCCAGACGGUCAAGGUGUCGGCCGACGACACCCCGGGCGCCAUCCUCCGGAGCUUCUUCGCCAAGAUGGCCAAGAAGAAGGCCCUGAUGGGCAUCCCCGAGGGCCAGAGCGAGCGGGACUUCGUGCUGCGCGUGUGCGGCCGCGACGAGUACCUGGUGGGGGACACGCCCCUCCAGAACUUCCAGUGGGUGAGGCAGUGCCUCAAGAACGGAGAGGAGAUCCACCUGGUGCUCGACGCGCCUCCGGACCCGGCCCUGGACGAGGUGAGGAAGGAGGAGUGGCCGCUCGUGGAUGACUGCACGGGGGUCACCGGCUACCACGAGCAGCUCACCAUCCACGGCAAGGACCACGAGAGCGUGUUCACCGUGUCCCUGUGGGACUGCGACCGCAGGUUCAGGGUCAAAAUCCGAGGCAUCGACAUCCCCGUGCUGCCCCGCAACGCCGACCUCACCGUCUUCGUGGAGGCCAACAUCCAGCACGGGCAGCAGGUCCUCUGCCAGAGGAGAACCAGCCCCAAGCUCUUCACGGAGGAGGUGCUCUGGAACGUGUGGCUGGAGUUCAGCAUCAAGAUCAAGGACCUGCCGCGAGGGGCCCUCCUGAACCUGCAGGUCUACUGCAGCAAGGCCCCCACGCUGUCCGCCAAGGCCUCGGCCGACGCGCCCGGCGCCGGGUCCGAGGCCAGGGGCAAAGCCCAGCUCCUCUACUACGUGAACCUGCUGCUGAUAGACCACCGCUUCCUGCUGCGCCGCGGGGAGUACGUGCUCCACAUGUGGCAGAUCUCCGGAAAGGGCGAGGACCAGGGCAGCUUCAACGCCGACAAGCUCACGUCGGCCACCAACCCCGACAAGGAGAACUCCAUGUCCAUCUCCAUUCUUCUGGACAAUUACUGUCACCCCAUAGCCUUGCCCAAGCAUCGGCCCACCCCUGACCCCGAAGGGGACCGGGUUCGAGCAGAAAUGCCCAACCAGCUUCGCAAGCAGCUGGAGGCGAUCAUAGCCACGGAUCCCCUUAACCCUCUCACGGCCGAGGACAAGGAAUUGCUCUGGCAUUUUCGAUACGAAAGUCUCAAGCAUCCAAAGGCCUAUCCUAAGCUGUUUAGCUCCGUAAAAUGGGGACAGCAAGAGAUCGUGGCCAAAACAUACCAGCUGUUGGCCAGACGGGAGGUCUGGGACCAAAGCGCUUUGGACGUGGGCUUAACCAUGCAACUCCUGGACUGCAACUUUUCGGAUGAGAACGUCAGAGCCAUCGCAGUUCAGAAACUGGAGAGCUUGGAGGACGAUGAUGUCCUGCAUUACCUGCUGCAGCUGGUCCAGGCUGUGAAAUUUGAACCAUACCAUGACAGCGCCCUCGCCAGAUUUCUGCUGAAGCGUGGCUUAAGAAACAAAAGAAUUGGUCAUUUCUUGUUUUGGUUCUUGAGAAGCGAGAUAGCCCAGUCCAGGCACUAUCAGCAGAGGUUUGCCGUGCUUCUGGAAGCCUAUCUAAGGGGCUGCGGCACUGCCAUGCUGCACGACUUCACUCAACAAGUUCAAGUGAUUGAGAUGCUACAGAAGGUCACCAUUGAUAUCAAAUCGCUCUCUGCUGAAAAAUACGAUGUCAGUUCCCAAGUUAUUUCACAACUUAAGCAAAAGCUUGAGAACCUGCAGAAUUUGAAUCUCCCAGAAAGCUUUCGAGUGCCGUAUGAUCCUGGACUGAAGGCAGGAGCACUAGUGAUUGAAAAAUGUAAAGUGAUGGCCUCCAAGAAAAAGCCCCUAUGGCUUGAGUUUAAAUGUGCUGACCCUACAGCCCUAUCGAAUGAAACGAUUGGGAUCAUCUUUAAACACGGGGAUGAUCUGCGCCAAGACAUGCUGAUUUUACAGAUUCUACGAAUCAUGGAAUCCAUUUGGGAGACAGAAUCUUUGGAUCUGUACCUCCUGCCAUAUGGUUGCAUUUCAACUGGAGACAAAAUAGGGAUGAUUGAGAUCGUGAAAGAUGCCACAACAAUUGCCAAAAUUCAGCAAAGCACAGUGGGCAACACAGGUGCAUUCAAAGAUGAAGUCCUGAAUCACUGGCUCAAAGAAAAAUGUGCUAUUGAAGAAAAGUUUCAGGCAGCUGUGGAGAGAUUUGUUUAUUCCUGUGCUGGCUACUGUGUGGCUACCUUCGUCCUGGGAAUAGGUGACAGGCACAAUGACAAUAUUAUGAUCACAGAGACAGGAAAUCUAUUUCAUAUUGACUUUGGACACAUUCUUGGGAAUUACAAAAGUUUCCUGGGCAUUAAUAAAGAGAGAGUGCCAUUUGUGCUAACCCCAGACUUCCUGUUUGUGAUGGGAACUUCAGGAAAGAAGACAAGCCUACACUUCCAGAAAUUUCAGGACGUCUGCGUUAAGGCUUACCUCGCCCUUCGCCACCACACAAACCUACUGAUCAUCCUGUUCUCCAUGAUGCUGAUGACGGGAAUGCCCCAGUUAACAAGCAAAGAAGAUAUCGAAUAUAUUCGGGAUGCUCUAACAGUGGGGAAGAACGAAGAGGAAGCUAAGAAGUAUUUUCUUGAUCAGAUCGAGGUUUGCAGGGACAAAGGAUGGACUGUGCAGUUUAACUGGUUCCUGCAUCUCGUCCUGGGCAUCAAACAAGGAGAGAAACAUUCUGCCUAGUUCUCCAGGCUAGAAUGCAAAAGAAGUCAGGUGUCCUAAAGCUUUAAGUCCGCAUGUUUGUCAUCAAACUUGGAUCUAAAAAUGUAACAGGACGUUAUGAAGGCUGGCACUUCAGAAAGACAGCCCUGUUCCUAGCUGGACUCUUCACCAGAAAAAAAUAUUGGCAUGUUGGAUUGUUUGCUUAAGGAAUGUUCGGUUUUAGAAUCAUGUGCAGGUUUGUUAUUUUGUUUUUUUUUUUUUCCUCUCAUUUGUCUCAGGUGAUGUUGGAGAACAUUCUAAGUCUAAACAAACUAAUUACUUCCUCAUCUUGCCUGCUUUGAUUUGACUAUCUUAUUAUUGAGUGCUUCUUGAGAAUAAUUAGUGACAUCUAUUUUCAUCUGGGUUUAUUCUGAAUUUUGGUUGUUCUCAUGCUCCUCAAGCUCUUGAGAGGAAAAGAUGUAACCUCUCAGUUCCCUGAAGGACACUUGCAAACAUCCCCCCCGCCCCCCAGCAUCCGUAGAUGUCAGUGAUUUGCUAAAAGCAAAGGAAGGCAAGCUUGUCUUUUCAGUGUCUUUGUAAUUAGGUUCUUUUAGAGUGUCCAACCGAGAUGCCCGCACACAUACUGGAAAAUCCAAACCUUUGUGCCCUGGCCCUUCUCUGCUGGUCUGGCUGCGGGGUCAUGAAGAAGAGUAACAGAGAUGAGACCAUUCGUCUCAACUCUGCCCAAGAGUAAACUGUCAAAUACAGUUACUCGAGCCUUCACUAGCAAUGGAAUCAGGAAGAUACUAAAGGGACUCGGUUUUUUACCUUUUUUAUCUUCCUCCCAGCCUCCCUUCUUCCUUUACUGCUACCCUCUCACAACUUUUUACACAAGUUGUGAAAUCCUUGAGGGUCAAACACAUCUACCCUAGAAUUCAAAAAUCGGAAAGCCAUCUCUCCUCUAGGGUUACUGGAACUUUAGGUACUAAUCUGUAAAAAUGUUUGGUGGAAUCUUUUUAUUUUUAACUAUUAAAGAGGACAUUCUAGGAAAUAGGGAUUCGUUUCCAAAUGCCUUAAUUUUAAAUUUUAGUCUAGGCAGUUUUGUCUUUUUGAAUGGAAGAAGGUAUUGGAUAUCUAAACAGUACUUCUAGUUAGGAAGAACACUACUUGCCCUGCCCAUCUCUCAGUUUAAAGGACUUUUAAACUCUGAUAUAUUCUUCAGAUUUCCUAGUAGAAAUUGGAAUGUCUUCUUUAAAAACUAUUUUUCAUCUCCUAAAUAUUUUUGCUAUUUAUUGGAAGUGUUGUUUCACCUUUGAGAAAGAUCGUUAAAUUAUUUAUAAAAUAUCUUAAAAUUACAUAUAGUUAACACUUUACCUAGAAAUCACUCUGUUAACAGUGUCGAUGUUUAAACCCAAUCAGAUAUAAAUAUUUAAUUUAAACUUUUUCUAAAUAGAUACCUGUUUGACUUCAGUGUAGCCCAAAUCUUUCUUUUUGUAUAUGCAAAAGCUCUUUGAAGGUAUUGGUAACACUGCUUCCACACCCGCUGAGCCUUUCCCCUGGCUCCUCAGGGGUCUAGAAAGAACUCUUCCUUGACAACUUGUCCUUUUAAAAUCACACUCUAUCCCCACUGUAUAGGGGACCAUGCCCUGUAAUGAAAUGUUUAAUCCUCUGUAUUAAUGGAAGGGAGAUGUUUUAUGGCAUUUUUACAACAACUAUUCCCUACCAUUCUUUUGAAGAUGAAUAGGAAGAAUGACACUUUCUAAUUCAGAAGAAGAUGUAUUCAUUAUUCUUAUAAAGAACAGCCAAGCUUGGCCUUGCAAAUUCUGCUUUUUAUUUGAAUUGCUGAAAUCGUCUUGAUAGAAGAAUUACAGAGGAAUGUAUUUAUAUUUAGUUUAUUGGCACAUGGGCAUACCUAUUUUCUCUUCAAAUGAACAGGUUCUUUCAAUACACUGAUACACAGUACAUUGGGCCUGGUUCUCCCACAUUUCACUGAAAGUAGAACUUUAACUCUUUAGACUUGCAGAUAAAAAUUACCUAGGUGUGUUUCCUUCCUUCAUUAUUCCCAGUGAAUCACAUGAACCACAACUUUUAGAUCUUUGAAAAUGUUCUAGAACAAGGGUCAUCUCCCCCUUGGGAGGAGAUUUGGGGGAACCUCCCCACAACUCAGUCUUCACUGCCAGAUGAAAACAAAGAUUACAAGUCAGAUGAUUCAGGUCAAAGCAGCUUUUGUGUGUGUUGAGGACUGGCUACGUCAUUUGCAGAGCCUACUGCAAAAUGAAAAUGUGGGGCCUGCCAUUCAAAAAUUAUUAAGAAACUCGAGAUGGCAACGGCUGAGCAUGAAACCAAGCAUGGGACCUUCUGACUAUGAGUCACCACACAGGUCACAAGCCCAUGAGCUGCACUCUAUGUAUCUGAAUAAUGGCUUUGGUGCUUAAUUUCACAUUUGGACUAGGUCUGUACAAGUUCAGAUCAAAAUGUUAUAUCUGUUCUAAUUAAAAUACCUCAUCUCCAUGGCUGUACAUUAGGACUUAAAACAUCGGCCUAUUGUUUUUGGACUGGAAUCAUGGCUGUUUAAGUAGAGCAAAGCAGACGUUUGAGACCUAGCCCCAGAUGACAGUACUUAACAAGCCCUGGUGAAAGUAGGAGGGACUGGAGACAUUAUAGAUAAAAUACAGAAAUUCCUAGAGAAAGCUCUUGAUUUUUUUUAAAGUAACUUUUUACUAAGUAUAUAUUUUACAGGAGCUAAAUUUUUUUUUUAGAAAAAAGUUAGAUCUAGAGUUUGCAGGAUAAUUUGGAGGCUGUGAGUCCUCUGUAAAUGGAAAUUAUUUUUUGAAAGGAGCCAAAAACUAAUUUAGAAAGUAAGUUUCUAGAAUAAAUUCUGGUAUUUGGUAAACUAGGUUCUAUGUACAUGGCUAUGAAGUAAAUGAUCAAUUAUGUUUUACAACACAAAGAAAAAUAUUGGGGGAUUAUUAAGGGUUCCGCUGUCUUACUUCUGUUUAACCCAACCUAAUAAUUCUGGUCAAUAAAGUUGGUUCUAGUCUGUGUACUCGUC